AUGUCUGCUAAAGCCGAAAAGAAGCCUGCCUCCAAAGCCCCAGCUGAGAAGAAGCCAGCUGCCAAGAAGACUGCUCCAUCUUCCGAUGGUAAGAAGAGAACUAAGGCUAGAAAGGAGACUUACUCCUCUUACAUCUACAAAGUUUUGAAGCAAACUCACCCAGACACCGGUAUCUCUCAAAAGUCCAUGUCUAUUCUAAACUCCUUCGUUAACGAUAUCUUCGAAAGAAUCGCUUCCGAAGCCUCCAAGUUGGCUGCUUACAACAAGAAGUCUACCAUCUCCGCUAGAGAAAUCCAAACCGCCGUUAGAUUGAUCUUGCCAGGUGAAUUGGCUAAGCACGCCGUCUCUGAAGGUACUAGAGCUGUUACCAAGUACUCUUCUUCCACUCAAGCUUAA